GGUGGUGCCUUACCAUGGUGACUAGGGUUAUCUUGUUAAAGAAUAUCCUUAUAACACAUUCUUUUUUUUUCUUUCUUUUUUUAAAACAUAUUUGUGACAGCAGCGAAUGGGAGUACGCAUUCUUCCAGAUCUUGAUGGCGGAAUUCAGAUGAUUGUGUUAAACCAAUCCUAAAACUAAUAACAAAUUAUCUAGGCGGGAACUCCUGUAAGGUGAAAUUUGAUUGGAUGUUGGGUUCAGGGGAGUGUUUGGUUUCGACACAUCGGCCAUAUUGUGUCUGAGACUGCAGAAUAAUCUUACUACACUGCUGAAAAGAAGGAGGAACUCAACGACUCUUUUAAAUAAGAGUGGUUUGCCUCGCCGGUUUCAUCAGAGUUACAAUAUAGAGGUGCCACACCUCCCUCACCCGUGGCCCCCUGCCCUCAUCCACAACCCCACCCCUCCUCCAGUCCAGUCCUACCCAGCUGCAGUAAAGCGCCACCCCUUACCUUGCCAAGCUGUCGGACAUGUCGGGCCCGGUUCCGAGUCGGGCACGGGUCUACACAGAGGUCAACACACAUCGCCCCCGCGAGUACUGGGACUAUGAGUCCCACGUGGUGGAGUGGGGAAACCAAGACGACUUUCAGCUGGUGCGGAAACUGGGGAGGGGGAAAUACAGCGAAGUGUUUGAAGCAAUCAACAUCACCAACAAUGAAAAGGUGGUCGUCAAAAUCCUCAAGCCAGUGAAGAAGAAGAAGAUCAAGCGAGAGAUUAAGAUCCUGGAGAACUUGCGUGGAGGGCCAAACAUCAUCUCCCUCAUAGACAUUGUGAAAGACCCUGUGUCUCGGACCCCAGCUUUGGUGUUUGAGCAUGUUAACAACACAGACUUUAAACAACUCUACCAGACCCUGACUGACUAUGACAUUCGCUUUUACAUGUUUGAAAUCCUCAAGGCUCUGGACUACUGUCACAGCAUGGGCAUCAUGCACCGUGAUGUGAAGCCACACAAUGUGAUGAUUGACCAUGAGCACAGGAAGUUACGUUUGAUUGAUUGGGGCCUGGCGGAGUUCUACCACCCUGGACAGGAGUACAAUGUCCGAGUCGCCUCACGCUAUUUCAAAGGGCCAGAGCUUCUGGUGGACUACCAGAUGUACGAUUACAGCCUGGACAUGUGGAGUUUGGGCUGCAUGCUGGCCAGUAUGAUCUUCAGGAAGGAACCCUUCUUCCAUGGACAUGACAACUAUGAUCAGUUGGUGAGAAUAGCCAAAGUGCUGGGUACUGAGGAUCUCUAUGACUACAUUGACAAGUACAAUAUUGAACUGGAGCCUCGUUUCAAUGACAUUUUGGGAAGGCAUUCCCGUAAGCGGUGGGAGCGUUUUGUGCACAGUGAGAACCAGCAUCUGGUGAGUCCUGAAGCGCUGGACUUCCUGGACAAGCUGUUGCGCUACGAUCACCAGGCACGGCUGACCGCACGCGAGGCCAUGGAGCACCCUUACUUCUACCCCAUUGUGAAGGACCAGUCUCGUAUGACUGGAUCCACUAAUGCCCCUGCUGCCAACACAGCUGUGAGCAACACCAAUAUGAUCACCGGCAUUGCUGCACUGCCUGCCUCUACUGCCCUGGGUCCCCUGGCCGGCUCUCCUGUCCUGGCCGCUGCCAACAGCCUGAGCACCCCAGUGCCAGCGGCGGCCGGUGUCCCCCAGUGAGCGCCGCCCUGUCCUUCCCGCCCACCCGCCCACCCGCCCGCCCCUUACAAACCCCUCUGAGCUGCGGCCCGGAGGGAGAUGCCAACCUCUGCAGUGGUGACACUUUUCUUUUCCUGGGUCAUUUUGGGAGGAGGGUCUGGGGUGGUUUUUCGAAUCAGAAGACCUGAGUUCUGUGUGUGUGUGUGUGAGAGAGAGUGUGUGUGUGUGUGUGAGGUUCACAAGUUUUUAGUUGCUUGACAAACAUCAAUAAUGUGUCUGGCGGCUGCAUGCGUGCGUGUGUGUGUACGUUUGUGCUCCUGUUCUACAAGAUGUUACACACCCACAGGUGAGCUGUUCAGAUUUUUUUUUUCCUUCCUUUUUUCCUGAUGAAGAGAAAAAUAAAUGAAAAAGAAAAAAAAAUCAACACAGUCUCACAGGUGUCAAAAUCACAGUUUAGUUUAGCGUAGACGACGUGAAGCGAGAAGUCGUUCGGACCAAAAGUAGCAUGUUUGCAAAGUCACAUGGAGGAAGGGACUGGUUGAUGCUGACUACCUGGAGCUUUUGGCCACGACAUGCAGCUCUUAGCUCAGUAUUAGCGCAACAGCUCCCUAGUGGAGUGGACGCCACAGUGUUUUGAUAAUGGUGCUGUUGUGCUGAAUCGGAGGGCGGGACAGCCCUGAUCACAUAUACUUGACCUUAAAACACUUCUGCCUGUGCCGUAUGUAAAGCCUGUAUACCAAACAUCAUACUCAUUUUCUGCUGACUUGAGACCUGUAUUCCUAAUUUCAAGAGUCAUGGUUUGGGACUUGAGUACUGGAACGGUCUCACUGUUUGCCAGGGGUUGCAACGGCUGUGCUGUCUUGUCGGGUCAAUCAGUUGGGUUGCCUGGCGUAGCCACAUCUGCUAAAUGUUCAGUUUGAAAGAGACGUUUUCAACCUGCUGCUUUUCCACUCUUGAAUUCAUUCAAAUAAUUUAUGAAAACCAAAGUUUACUCAAAUGGGUGGGAAAAAGUAUAAAAUAUCCUUUUUUUUUUUUUUUUUUUUUUUUGCUGAAGGUGAAUAUUUUUAAAUCUUCACGGGUUGAAUGUUUGUUUGUUUGUUUGUUUGUUUUUUAAAGAGAGGGAGAGUAGGAGAACAAAGGUAAUACUUUUGUUAUGGUGGAUAUAGCUUGAAAUGCUGUAUCGCUUUCAUCUGCUGUCAAGACCUGGAAAAGUGUUUUUCAUUUUGUAAUAUUUAGUCCGGGCUUUGUUCUGUGUCCGUGGGCUCACACUUGAAUACUUAAGGACGUACUGAACUUGAAGGGAUGAAAUAUUUUUCCUUGCAUUUAUAGUGCCCAAGAGGUUACUGUAACUGAAGACUCAAUGUACAUAUAAAUAUGCAUACCUUUUUCAUUUAAAACCUUACAAUCCUACAGAAUACAUGCAUACAUCUACUCAAAUAAUGAAGUUGUAUGAGUCCUUAACAUCACUGUAUAUAUUUUUAUGUUCCAAUGUAGAGGAGUAGUCUUUGAGAAUAAUUGUGUAAAUAAACAAGUGUUUUGUUUAUUAAAA